UAAGAGGGAAAUCAUUUGCACACACAAUGUUAAAUAUAAUGAUGAUUGAAAGGGAAAGGAGACGGCACAGCUGCCAGACGUACGAGACAUCCCCGCAUACCCACACACUAGCUAUUCGAGUAACAUCCAAAUCAUUGCAUAAAAUGAUCAUUUUCUACGUUUGAUCUUGGCAGGGCACUAAACAUAGAAACAUCAUACUUAUGGUGACAUGGGCGUGAUGACAUUUCUGUACGAGAGUGUAUGUCUUGGGAGUUGAAGUCCUUUGGGAUGGGUUGUGUGUGUGUGCAAGUUUUAAGUGCACAAUUUUACUUGGAUUUAAGCCAUCAAAUCUGCUAAUAUGUGUCCGCAAACGCCAGGAGAUUAAUCAACAACCCUGCAGUCUUAAGGACAUGCCACAACGCCACCAUCAUGGCAGCUCCUCCGCCCUCACCCGAGCACACGCCUCCUCCGUCGCCGUCAGCGUCCCCUUCGUCGUCAGAUGAAGUCACCUCCCGCGCGAUGCCGUCCAGCUCCCCGGGGUCGCAGUCUCCCUCGUCGACCUCAGCCUUUUCGCCCGCGGAGGCGUCGGUUCCCUCGCCCUCCGCUGCGGCGUCGACAGAACCCACCUCGACGACCUUGUCAAAUAGCUUUAACCUCCCUGUGGCCUCCAGCCGUGGCGCUGAAGGGGACGCAGCAGACGCGUCUCCAAGUUCUUCCAAAGCGGGCUUGGACUCCCCUCCCUACGCUGAAAUGUCCAGUUCCUCCACCCAAGCUGCCUUCGAAGUAUCCAGCUCUAACCUGGGCCUCGACGCGCCCUCCUUCUGUGAUAUACCUCAUAACUCGACGCACGGCGCCAGUGGGACAAGCGGGCCGUGCCCUGCUGACUCGUCGGAAGCCGCCUUCGUGUCUCGUCACUCCAGGCGAGGGUCCGGGACGCCACCGUCCUCUUCCAGAUGGUCCUUGGAGUCUUCCAGUGUAACCAGCGAAUCCUUCGUGUCCAGCUGGUCUCCAACAGGCUUGCAUAUGGAAACGAGUCGUGUGGAGCAAAAUGUGUCAUCAGAAUGGUCGUCCCAGUCAAGAAACGGUUAUUUAGAGACCGAAGUAAGCUCCACGGGGCCCCCGGAGUGUGCCAAAACAGCCUCAGACUCUUUCCCAGAAUGGCCCUCAAGGCACGCCUGCAGCGGCCAGGCUGAGCCAGCUGCGUCCACGUCGUCCUGGCCGCACGACCACGUGAACUCCACCGGCGACGAGGGCGCUGCGAGAGCCUCGUGGGGCCAGAGCGCGGCCUCGCAGGUGGCCGGCAGCGCCUCGUGCGUGUGGCGAUGCGAUUCUCAGAACUCGGUCGCGGAGUCGCCCGCUUCAGCGCCGGCGUGGUGCCACCCGUCCUCCACCUCCGCCGCCCUUCCGUCUUCCUCGCAGCACCACGCCCCCGUCCCUGCGAACGCCUCCGCAGCCGACAACAGUUCCCACGCUCUGACAUGGCGCUCGAGAGCGGCGUCGGCGCCCCUAAGCUUGACGCGUGUGACCCCGACAGCGCCUCCUCCCAGACCGCCUACACCACCGCGUCCGUCUACGCCGCCCACAUCCCGCCACCGAGCCCACGUUCCUUCCCCGACCGCUCCUCGGCGCUCGCUGUCCCCGUCGCGCCUGUCUGCUCGUGCUCGGAGAUCCGUGUCUCCGCCACUCCACCAUCACGCCCGCGCCCAGCCGCCCACUCCCCCGAGACGGUCCGUUUCGCCCGUGUCGCUGCAACCGGGACACGCGCAGCCCCCGUCGCCGACAGUGCGGUCCCGACUCAGUCCAAGACCCAGGUCAGCACGGACCCCCAGCCCGCGUCCCCCCCUCCCCCCGACCUCUACGCCUGAGCCGCCGCCCGCACCCGCAGCCGCCCAGCACUCGCCGCGUCCGCACCUCGCCAAGAUGAGGGGGCGUUGAGCUGUCCUCCUCGGCCGCCGGGAAAGCGAGCGAGGAGGCAGCUCGCUGUGACGGUCGAGGAUGAAUUGCGGCGCGAAUUAGAAACUGAAACGUGUUAGUGACUUUGUUGGUGGUUCUUGCAACGCUCAUAAAAUACGGUUGUUCCUUUCGCAAAUGAAACUGAAGUUACCUGCUUUGAAGGUUUUAACAAAUCCCAUUUUCAGUGUAAAUCAAAAUACCAUUUAGCCACACACACACACACACACACACACACACACACACACACACACACACACACACACACACACACACACACACACACACACACACACACACACA